CGUGGCGGAAUGUGAAGGGUGGGGCUGGUUUAUUUGCAAAACAAAGAUGGGUGCUGGAGCUUCAAAAGCACAACCAGGAGUACACGUUGUUGUAGCCCAGUCUAACGAGGACGGGAGCAUAAGAGCAGAACACCUUCCAACAGAAAACAGAGAAAGUGAUGGUGAUAGAAGGAGGAGUAGGCCAGUACUACACAGUAACUCACCUCAAUACAGCAGAGGAAAGAGAAGGCCCCGUCAUGAGGAACCACACUCUCUUUCCUCAUCUCCUCCUACUGGCUCUCAUUCUUCUCCUUCACCUGCUGCAGUCACUGGACAGGGUCCUGAGUUCAAGAUAUUUAAAACUAUUGAUAAUAAUGAGUACACUGUACACUGUGCUGAAGAUGGAAGCAUGUAUUAUGUGGACUGGGCAGAACAAAAGUGGAGAGUGUUUCCGACUGAAUGGAUCAAAGGGGGAAAGUUUGAAAACUUAGACACAAAAACAAAUGGUGAUAGAGAAGGAGAAUUGAUUCACCCAUUUCGGGGGAAACUAACAACAUUACUGAGACAGGAGUCAUUGAAUGUGAUGUACUUUUUUGAUGAAAGUAAUCAUGGCUGGUUACCAAUGCCACUAUCUUGGGAGAGACAGACUCCAUUUGUAUCAAGACUUGUAGCAGAAACAAAAAACGUUUGUUCUGAUUGGGAUGAUGACCUAUCAAUAGUUGCUACAUUAAGACAGUGUAAUUAUAGUGCUGAAGACUCUGUCAACUGUCACAUUGCAAUCAAUGAUGAAGGUGUUUUUAAUAAAUUCAAAGAUAAAGUUGGAGGUAGCAGUUUAAUAUUUGAGAAACUGCAGGAGAAAAUAAAAGAAUUAGAGACUGAACUGAAGGAAUGCAGGGAAAGCAAGGCUACAAUGAAAGAGGAACUGACUGCAUUAAAAGAUAUUUUGCAAGAAACGAAGGCAGAGAAUGAGCAAUUGAAACAAGAAUUGAAGUCAUUUAAAACAGAACAAAGAAAACAAUCUGUAGUCCUGCAGCAGUCAAUGGGGAGAGGUAGUAUGAGGCUACCUGCUAUUACUGCUAAGAUGAACAUAUUGAGACCAACUGUACAGAAUGGACUGCAAGAGAUUAGGAAUGUUAAAUUCAAAUUGCAUACAACGAGACAGCAACUGAAGAAAAGUGUUAGGACACAUACUGAACAAAUGAAUGAAUUGUCAAAAGCAGUCAGAGGUUUAUUGGUAAGGUUUGAGCAUCAAUCGGCUGCACUCCAAGAGACUAGAGCACUGUAUAGGAAAGAAGCAGUUCAGAGGAAACUGCUAUUUAAUCAAGUUCAGGAGUUGAGAGGUAACAUUAGAGUGUUCUGCAGGUGCAGACAUGAUGAGAGGAGCACCAGUGAUUCAUUGAGCUUUGAAGGAGAGGACACUGUGAGUGUUACUACUGCCAAUGGAAAGAAAAGAAAAUAUGAAUUUGAGAAAGUAUACAGUCCUAAAACAACACAAGAUAUGGUAUUUGAGGAUACCAGACCAAUCAUCACCUCAUGUGCUGAUGGAUACAAUGUGUGUAUUAUUGCAUAUGGACAGACUGGGGCUGGGAAGACAUACACUAUGAUGGGACCAAGAGAUAACCCUGGAGUUAAUGUAAGAUCAAUAAAGGAAUUAUUUAAUAUUAUGAAGGAGAAGGAUAAAACUGACUUUGAAAUGAAAGUGUCAAUGGUUGAAGUGUACAAUGAGUCAAUUUAUGAUCUAUUGAAGUCACCAAAUGAAGUACAAGAGAAACUUCAAAUACACAAAAAAGGAAAAGAACUACACGUACCAGGGUUGACAGAGAUUGAAGUAUGUUCCACUGAUGAUGUUAUUAAAGUUAUGACAGUUGGAGAGAAGAACAGAACAACAGCUUCAACUAAAAUGAACACUAACAGUUCAAGGUCUCAUCUCCUCCUCAGAUUGGUCCUGGUUUCUUAUAAUUCAGUAUCCAAGACUACCACAAGAGGUAGUCUCACACUAGUUGAUCUGGCGGGAUCAGAGAGAAUAUCAAGGAGUGAAGCAACUGGACUGAGACUAGUGGAAGCAGCUGCCAUCAAUAAAUCAUUAUCAGCUUUAGGACAAGUGUUUUCCUCAAUAAGAGAGAACUCGCUCCACAUUCCGUUCAGAAACUCAAAACUGACUCACCUCCUCCAACAGUGUCUAGGAGGAGAUGCUAAAGCGUGUAUGUUUGUUAAUGUGAGUCCAUUGGAUGCUAAUGUACCAGAGACUAUCAGUACACUGGAGUUUGGAAUGAAUGCAAGACAAGUAGCACUGGGGAAGGCAACAACACAUAUCACAAAAACAACUUAAAUAAACCCUCCCUCCUUUUUUUUCUUCAUAUUUUCUUAUCUUCAUUAAUUCUUUGUGUCUCUGUACUUUUCUUUUAAUCUGUUAAAAUUUA